UAAGAGAAAAAGCGUAAAAGAGAACCAAUAAUUCAAUCCCAAACUUCCCCUCAUUUAAAGAAAAAUAAACAACGAAGAGAUUGCGAGAUUCACCCAGAAAAUUCUGGCAAUCCACAAAUUUUGUAUAAAUACGCCAAUGCACUGCCGAAAUUCAUCAGUUUAUUUGAAAAUUGAAACAAGCUCUUGGUGAACUAAAGUUCUCUUAAAGUUAAAAUCGAGUACCUUUUUUAAAUAAUUAAAAAUAAAGUGUUUUGUUAAAGUAAAAGAUAGAAAAAAAGUAAACAAAAUGUCUUCAUUGCAAUUAUUGUUGGAUUUGGCUGAUAGUCUGGACUCUAUGUCCUCACCCUACUACAAUAGUGGCUUUGGUUUGGGUUUGGACCCUUAUCAAAUUCAGAGAUACGAAAGUCCUAGAAUUUUACGUUUGCCGUUGGCCUUGAGAAACCGUUUGGAAGACCAGCCAAUGCAAUUACGUUCGAAAAACAACUCUGGGACAAUCUCAAACAUUGGAAAAGAUGGAUUCCAGGUUUGCAUGGAUGUGCAGCAAUUCAAACCAAGUGAAUUGUCUGUUAAAGUUGUGGACAACGCUGUAGUUGUGGAGGGCAAACAUGAAGAACGGGAAGAUGAUCAUGGAUAUAUCUCACGACACUUUGUUCGUAGAUAUGCUCUGCCAAAGGGCUAUGAUUCGGACAAAGUUAAUUCGACAUUGUCAUCGGAUGGCGUUUUGACAGUGAGCAUUCCAAAGCCAGCUAUCGAAGAUAAGCCAGCUGAAAAAAUUAUACAAAUUCAACAAACGGGACCAGCACAUCUUAACGUGAAGGAAAAUGCUCAAGAGAAGCCCAAAGAAGUCGAAGACAAAAGCGCCAAAAAAUAAAAUUUUAAACUGUUUUGUGAAAAACAUACAUUCUUAGACUGAACUCAUUUAUAUUUCAACUUAUGUUCCAUUACCAUACUAAACUGCCUAUUUCAUAUUAAAAUAAAAAAUUAUUCAAAAUUUAAUUACAUAAAAA